GAUUUCUAAAUUUUAAAAGGAAAAUGUCUCACCUGAAGAAUUUCCAGUUUAGUUCAGUUCAAAUCACUGAAAUCGAUACCUACAUCGAGCACUUAUAUUCCGAAAACAUGGAUUUGAAGCUCAAAGGCUGUAUAAGUAUUCUCUACCUCUGCUUCUCAGCAGAGAACAUGGAGGAGAUGAUUGAGCAUGAGUCUUUGCUACCUGCAGUUUCCAGAAUUUUAAGAGAUGACUACAAGAAGAGCUUAGACUUGUCUCUAUACUUGCUCAAUGUGUUCUACGCGUAUUCGCAUUUCACUGAAUUCCACCCACUGCUUAUUGAGAAUCAGAUCGGAGACACCUGAGUGAAAAUAAUUGAGUAUGAGAUUAAAAGAUAUAAGGCCAGAGUUAACGAGUACACUAAAACAGCUCAGCUGGUGAAGCAGACUCAGCAAACCCCCAGUGCUGACACUGAUCUGAAGGAACUCCAGAACAACUUUAGGAAGGAGGAGAAGAGGCUAAGCGUGACUAUUAAGAAGCAGGAGAAGGUCUUAUUUGUCACUUUCCAUAUUCUCCUAAAUCUUGCAGAAGAUUUGAAAAUUGAGAGGAAGAUGAAGAAGAGGCGAAUCGUUCCUCUGCUUGUGUCUAUGCUUGAGAGAAACAACCCAGAUUUGUUGUACAUUGUUCUUAGCUUUUUGAAGAAAUUGUCUGUCUUCGGAUCGAAUAAAGACGAUAUGUUGGAACUUGAUAUAAUGAAGAAGCUGAAUCGAUUCAUUCCAUGCCAGAACGCUCUCUUGACACAAACAGCUCUCAGGCUGUUGUUCAACCUGAGCUUUGAUAAUGAGAUUAGGGAAAGAGUUAAUGCUAUAGGAAUGAUUCCAAAGCUAGUUGAGCUGUUAAAAGUGGCACAAUAUAGAAGUAUUCUGUUACGAAUUUUGUAUCAUCUGUCAAGUGAUGAUAAGAUUAAAGCUACGUUUGCCUAUACCUCAUGCAUCCCAUUAGUGUACCAGCUCGUGAUCCACUUCCCAGAUGCCAUCAUUGGAAAAGAAUUAAUAGCUUUGGCUAUAAACUUGACAACAAAUAAAACGAAUGCUGCUCUGAUCUCUCAGGAUGAUCAACUAGAAGCUCUCAUCGAGAGAGCUUUUAAAUGUAAUGAUGUGCUAUUGUUCAGGGUUGUGAGAAACAUUGCUCAAUUCGGCCCAGUCACGAACAUCGAUAUAUAUGAGAAAUAUAUGGAUAAGAUAAUCGAACUAACCAAACAAUGUGGAGACAAUACUGAUCUUCAAAUAGAAUUGAUAGGAACACUGGUUUACAUCAAUAUUGAAAAAUGGGAUACUGUCCUUUCCCAGGGAGACUUCUUAGACUUUAUACAUAACAACCUUGUGAGUGACUACUCUGAAGAUGACCUCGUCCUCGAAACUAUCAUGCUGAUCGGAACUAUGUGUAGGUCAGAAAAGUGUGCAGAAGCAAUUGCAGGAUCUUACAUUAUUGGAAUGCUCCAUGAGCUGCUGGGAGCUAAGCAAGAAGAUGAUGAAAUGGUCCAACAAAUUCUGUAUACUUACCAUAGACUGCUAUACUACAGAGUCACUAGAGAGAUUAUGCUUGAGCAGACACAAAUUGUUAAUGUUAUUUUGGAGUUGCUGAACGAUAAGAAUCCAAACAUUCGAAAACUAGUUAACUCUACUCUUGAUCUGGUGCAAUUGCAUGAUGAGAUCUGGAAGCAAGAGAUCAAGACCAAGAAGUUUGAGAUGCAUAAUGAGGUGUACUUAUAGGCUUGAUGGAGGAAUAUGAAGCCCAAGCUGAAGCUCUGGAUGAAGAAGCUCUCUAUGAUUACUACGCACAAGACCCUGAAGCUCUAGCAGCUCUUGAGAACGGAGAAUUCGGAGAGGAUGAUCAAUGGCUUGAUCAGAAUGAUCUUGCUCAAAGAAUUUGGAAUGGAGAAAUGGACCCUGAUCAGAUGAUGGAUCCAAACCAGAUGAUGGAUCCUAACCAGAUGAUGGAUCCUAACCAGAUGAUGGAUCCUAACCAGAUGAUGGAUCCUAAUCAAAUGGGAGAUCCUAAUCAGAUGAUGGACCCCAAUCAAAUGAUAGACCAAGAAGAAUAUAUGAGAAUGGUACAAGAAGGCUUGAUUGACGAAGAAGAAUACGGAAAUUAUAUGUAAU